AUGGAAGUGGAAGGCGCUAUCACUGCGGACUCAGUGAACUGUCAGAAUGCAGUGAUUCGAGUGGAUGCGGAUCGAGGGGUUGGAGCGGGCCCCGAGGUGCAGGAAAUUUGCGGCACCGAUGAGAGUGUCAUACAGCCCAUUGUCUCGAAGAAUAACAUUGUUCGCAUAAGGUUCUUCACGUCCCCCGACAAAGUAAAUGGCUUAAAGGGGUUCAAUUUCACAUGGACAGAAGUGAAAGUAACGCGUGGUGAGGAAUUUUCGUGA